AUGUCGAACCUCAAGCGCGUUAACGUCAAGCCCAACCCUGCCUACGAAAAGGUAGGUAUCGCCUCGUACGCGAGUCUACUGAAAAAGUACGACUUCGCCCCUACCACCGCUGGCCCUUUCCAGAAGAUCGAAGAGAAGAAGCGGUCUUUCAAGAACGCGUUUCGAUCCAAGAGCAAGAAGGAGACCAAGUCUGUUCUGCGCAAGGUCGAAGAAGAUGGCAAGCCUGGCGAAGUCAAGGCCGAAGACCAGCAGAACGACGCCCUCUACAUCUGUCCUUUGUGGUCCACUGAGCUCGGCUCGAAGACCAAAGCUGCUCGUGGCAAGCACAACCUGUUUGAUGCCAAAAAGUCAAGCACCUUCAAGAAGGUGUCCGGCAGCUCCUGGGCGAUCAAGUACGGCGACGGUUCAACUGCCUCUGGUAUCGUUGGUACCGACAAUGUCACGCUAGGUGGCUUAUGUGUUGAAAACCAAGCCAUCGAGCUCGCCUCCAAGCUCUCCUCUCAAUUCAUGAGGAGCGCGGGCGAUGGUCUUCUUGGCCUUGCAUUCGGAAAGAUCAAUACCGUCAGGCCCAAAAGAGUUGCUACGCCUGUCGAGAAUAUGAUUACCCAAGAGGACAUUCAAGAAGACCAAGAGCUCUUCACCUGUUACCUCGGCUCCUGGCGCGACAAAGACGAUGAGGAUAAGGGCGAAUCCUUUUACACAUUUGGCUAUGUCGAUCAAGAAGUCCUCGACCGUUGCGGUGUCAAAGAACCCUACUACGUGGGCAUCGACACCACCACAGAAGGUUUCUGGCAGUUCGCCUCGCCUUCUGCAUCCAUCAAUGGCAAAAUCAUCGAUCGUGGUGCCAACACAGCCAUCGCCGAUACAGGUACCACACUCGCGCUGGUUAGCGAUGACCUAUGCAAGCAGAUCUACGACGCUAUUCCCGGCGCAAAGUUCGAUGAGAAGAACCAGGGUUGGGUGUUUCCCAUCGGCACUCCAGUCGACAAGCUUCCUAAAGUCACUUUUGCGGUCGGUGAUAAGCAGUUCGAAGUCCAGAAGGAGGACCUCGGGUUUGCGAAGGUUGGCAAUGGUAUGCAGUAUGGCGGUAUUCAGUCGAGGGGUAAUUCCAAGUUCGAUAUCUUGGGUGAUACGUGGCUGAAGGCUGUCUACGCUAUCUUCGAUCAGGGCAAGAAGAGGUUCGGCGUCGUGCAGAGGAUUGAGGGAAACCAGAAUACUGCGGCAGCACCUAGUGGUGGUAACAAGUGA